AUGAUUUUAGUUCUCCGAGCCCUUUAUUUCCCUAAUGGAUGCUUUUGUUACAUUUCAAAGGCACCAAAAAAAAAAUACAAUUCCUACAAGGUUUCGGAUCGUCGUAUGGCGGCUGCAUUCCGCCCCAACAAAUAUCUACACAGUGAGCAAACAGCUAUCAUAGAUCCAAAUUUGGAAAGGAUAAAGACCACAAAGAAAGACAAUGAUGGUAAUGGCGAACUGAGCAAAACGGCAGUGACAAGGCAUGAUCCUAAAACCGGUAGAAUUUGGCAUGAUAAGACACUUAUUGAAUGGGAUCCAAGCCAUUACCGACUUUUUGUGGGAAAUAUUGGGAACGAUGUAGAUGAGGAUCUUCUAGUGAGCACUUUCAUUGAAUAUCCUUCCCUCUCUAAAGUCAAAGUUCCCCGUGAUGAUGUGAAAGGUGAAAAUAAGGGAUUUGCGUUUAUCAGUUUUGCCGACGCAGAUGACUAUUUGAGAUGUUACCGAGAAAAGAACGGGAAAUAUAUUGGAAGCAAACCUGUCAGCUUGGAAAGAGCAAAGACCGAGAUCGGUGAUAUAGUUGCAAUCAACAACAAAAGGCAAAACAAAAAUUAUAAGAAAGGAAGACGAUAG